GUCUUCCCAGGGUCGGCAGUGACUGAGGGAAGUGGAGAAGGUGUAUCGCGCAUGCAUCUUUUGGUUCUGGUUCAAUGGCGGGCAGCCGCGCGGGGACGUUGCGAGCUCUGCAGGCAGUGGACACUGAGCUUACCGCUGACUCGGUGGAAUGGUGCCCAGUAGAGGGUUGCCAGCAUUUGCUGGCCUGCGGAACCUACCAGCUGCGAGCGCCCAAGGACCAGCCUGCACUGGACGGCAGUGAGCCUCAAGUUCGUUUAGGUCGUCUUUACCUGUUCAGCUUCAGUGAGGACAACACUGCUAAACCUCUGCUUGAGGUCCAAAGAAGGGAUUCUUCUGCUGUUCUGGACAUGAAAUGGUGCCAUAUCCCAGUGUCUGGCCAUGUGCUUUUAGGCUUGGCCAAUGCCAGUGGAUCUGUAGGGCUGCUCCAACUGAUGGAAUGUGAGAAGAACAGUUAUACCCUGCAACCAAUAGCCAGCCUUACUUUGAAUGAGAGCUGUCUGUCCUUGUCACUGGAUUGGUCCACUGGGAAAUCUGUAAGGGCCAGAGCGCAGCCCUUGAAGAUCAUUAGCAGUGAUUCUAAGGGGCAGUUGCACCUCCUGAUGGUGAAUGAGGGCACAGCUGAACUACAGCUAGUGGCGUCUUGGCCAGCCCAUCACUUUGAGGCCUGGAUUGCUGCUUUCAAUUACUGGCAGACAGAACUGGUGUAUUCAGGGGGAGACGACUGCCUUCUGAGAGCCUGGGACACCAGGAUGCUGGGCACACCUGUCUUCACUAGCAAAAGACACUCUAUGGGUGUGUGCAGCAUCCAGAGCAGCCCCCAUCAGGAGCAUAUACUGGCUACUGGAAGCUAUGAUGAACAUGUUCUGCUGUGGGACACUCGGAACAUAAGACAGCCAUUGGCAGAUGUACCAGUGCAAGGAGGUGUGUGGAGGCUCAGGUGGCACCCAGUUCACCACCAUCUACUUCUGGCAGCCUGCAUGCACAAUGGCUUCAAGAUUCUCAACUGCCAGAAGGCCAUUGAGGAGAAGCAGGACAUAACUGUUUUAAUAUCUCACAACAUGCCUAACUCAUUAGUAUAUGGGGCUGACUGGUCCUGGCUUUUCCAUUCCACGAAGCCCACAUCAACCUGGUCCUUUGAUCAAAGUGACCUUGGAGUCAAAGCAGCAGACCACUGCAGCCUAAAGGUUGCCAAGGAGCAGCCAGCACAUUCUCAUCAGCGAACCGUGGGUCAUCAGGUGGAAGGCCCUGCUGGAGCUCACAGCAGAGCUGAACUGAAGGCUUCUCUCCUUCCAUUAACAGAGGACAUGAAAAACAGCAGUCAAGGGUUCUCAUCGCACGGUCUCAGCCACUUUGACAAUGGCCUCCUGGCCACCUGCUCCUUUUAUGACCAUGUUCUCCACCUUUGGAAGUGGGAGGCAAAUCAAGCUUGCACUCUUAGCAGUGAUCCUGGAUGUGAUUUGGGGAGUGCUGACCAUUGAGAAUGGACUCUGUGAUUCUGUUUUGGCAGUGAAUGAUAUUUUUCAGCUCUACAACUAAGUGUCUUGGGUAUAUUUUGACUUUCAGUUCUUCAUUUGUAUUAAGUCCCUGCUUAUAUUAAAUAACUUUUUUUUUUAAUUUUUAAAAAUUUGUAA